CUCCCUUGCAAACAGACCAAAUAAUAGUGUAAAUACACUGACAGGCGGUGGUGUUAAGAUUUAACGGAGUGAUUCACUGAUAUUUUAAUUUUCCUUUGACCAAGAAACCAGUUUGGCACACCAAUCGGAGCUCCGUGACAAACUUCUGCUCAGCGGACAGAUUUCGACAUCAUCGCUGAUCCGCCCAGCACAACGUGUCUCUGCAAGCGUGCCUCAAAAACACCAUGCAGCCGGACGUAGCAGAGAUGCCAUUAGAGUGCGCAGUGUGCCACAAGAAGUACUCCCGCCCCAGCGGACCACGGAGGGGUCUGCGAACCCAAUCAGAAGAGAAAGAGUUGAAGUGCACCCCGUGUCAGAAGAAGUUCAAUCGUCAGCGAACGCGUUCUGGAGAGAAGCCCUACGAGUGUACCGUGUGCUUGAAGAGGUUCUACACAUCUCAGGAACUGACUGCACAUAUGAGGACACACACAGGAGAGAGGCCAUACGAGUGCACCGUGUGUCGAAAAUCGUUUUCUGUAUCGGGUGCUCUGACGCUACAUAUGCGAACCCACACCGGACAGAAACCAAACGAGUGCUCAGUUUGUCACAAGAAGUUCUCUCGGAAGGCAGACCUGCAGGGACAUUUGCGAAUUCACUCCGGAGAGAAGCCUUACGAGUGCACCGUGUGCUUGAAGAGGUUCUGGACAUCUCAGGAACUGACUUUACAUAUGAGGACACACACAGGAGAGAGACCAUACGAGUGCACCGUGUGUCGAAAAGCGUUUUAUUUAUCUGGUGAUUUGACGCGCCAUAUGCGGACCCACACUGGAAAGAAACCAUUCGAGUGCUCAGUUUGUCACAAGACGUUCGCUCAAAACGGAAACCUGCAGAAACAUUUACGCAUUCACUCCGGAGAGAAGCCUUACGAGUGCACCGUGUGCUUAAAGAGAUUCACCUGGUCUACCUGCCUGAAGGAACAUAUGAAAACACACACAGGGGAAACACCAUACGAGUGCACAGUUUGUGGAAAGGCGUUUUCUUCACCUAAUGUUCUGCGGCUUCAUAUGCGAACCCACACUGGAGAGAAACCAUUCGGGUGCACAGUUUGUCACAAGACGUUCGCUCAAAACGGAAACCUGCAGAAACAUUUACGCAUUCACACCGGAGAGAAGUUAUUCGAGUGCUCAGUGUGCUCAAAAAGGUUCUCCACACGUCAGAGCCUGUCUUUGCAUAUGAGAACACAUACUCGAGAGAAACCAUACGAGUGCGACGAGUGCGGCAAGAAAUUCUCUGUAUCCUCCUCUUUGAAGAAACACCAGCGAAUGCACUCUGGAGAGAAGCCGUUUGAGUGCUCCUUAUGCCAGAAGGAGUUCUCUCGCAGUGAGCACCUUCGAUUACAUCUUCGAACGCACACCCGAGAGAAACCACACGAGUGCGACGUGUGUCACGAGAAGUUCUCUGUAUUCAGCAGUCUGCGGUUACAUAUGCGAACUCACACUGGAGAAAAGCCGUAUGAGUGCAGCAUAUGCCACAAAAAGUUCUCUGUAUCCUGCAGUUUACAGGCCCAUCUGCGAACCCAUACAGGUGAGAAACCAUAUGAAUGCACGAUGUGCAACAAGAACUUCAGACAACAUGCCCACCUACUGAGGCAUCACAUAACCCACACCGGAGAGAAACCACACGAGUGCACCGUGUGUCAAAAAGCGUUUUCUACACCUAAUACUCUGCGGCUACACAUGCGAACCCACACUGGAGAGAAACCAUUCGAGUGCACCGUUUGUCACAAGAAGUUCACUCAGAAGGUUCAUCUGCAGGGACAUUCGCGACUUCACACCGGCGGGGAGAAGCCCUUCAAGUGCUCCGUGUGCCACAAGGAGUUCACUUUCCUUCACAGUAUGAAGAAUCACCAGCGACUUCAUACUGGAGAGAGGCCAUACCAGUGCCCUGUGUGCCACAAGAGGUUUAAUCAUCCUUCAAAUCUGAGGGGUCAUGUGCGACUGCACACGGGCGAGAAAACGUACGGGUGCACUUUGUGUCACAAGAAAUUCGCUGCUCCAGAAAGUCUACGGAUUCAUCUACGGACCCACACUGGAGUAAAGCCAUAUCAGUGUCCUGUGUGCCACAGGGCGUUUUCUGUGUCUUGUUCUAUGUGGAAACAUCUGCGAAGACACGCGGAAGGGGCACUUUUUGGGUGCACCGUGUGCCAGAAGAAGUUUUCUGAAUCAGAUCUACGGAGACACAUGGAAACCCACCCAGAAGAGAAGCCUUACAAGUGCUCCGUCUGUCACAUGCAGUUUCCAGUAGCCUGUCUUCUGUUGACACAUCUGCGAGCUCACAUGGAGGCGUCGAACUAGACUCUGCUUUAUUUAAUUGGCGGUGAAAAUGAAAGUGCUAUCGGCAUUUAGGUUAACCUAUUUCGGCAUUCAAAAACAAAGUUAUUGCCGAUAAUGUUGGCAAUGCCACAGCACAUAGUCUUUCCGUGUCCGUCCCGUGUUUACAGUGAGGAGAAAAAAUAUUUACCUAGAAAACUAUCCUACUUUUUCGAUUUUACCUUAUUUUUUUGUACUAAAGGGCAGAAUACCCAAUAAUGUAAAUAGUGUGGUACAUGUUCUGUUAGUCUGUUUCACACGAGGCGGAAAUCAAUUACGCACUAACUCGUACUCCUAGACCUUUACUAUAUGCGUGAUAACUCGUAAUUCGUACCAAGCGUAAUAACGUGUAAUAAUGGUAUAAAUAAAGCAUAAUAGUGCUGUAAUAACAUAAUUCUGUAUUAUAAAUAUAAUCGUAUAAUUUUCUUUUUCUUUUUCCGCUCUCGGUUUUAGAUUAAUGUGUAUGUCAGUUUUAUUCUGUUGUAAAUUUUACGGUACCCAAUUAAAGGUCACAAUUUAGCGAAGUUUCGUGCUUGUUUUUUAACACACUCCUUUAAAGUUUUGAGUUGAAAUGAGAGAGGGAGAGAGAGAGAGAGAGAGAGAGAGAGAGAGAGAGAGAGAGAGAGAGAGAGAGAGUAAGAGAGUAAGAGAGCGAGCAAGCCGGCAACCGAUUAUAGUCCUUAAGGUUGUAUUCCAUUAAAACACACUAAUUUGAUAAGUGGGAGAAAAAUUUGAGAAAAUGAUAAGAAAAGGGACUUAUUGUAACUUAUUGGUGUACAAAACACAAAGUUGCUGUAUGAAGUUUUGAUAACUUUUAUACUUUUGUUGUGAGUUGACUGUGAUGGUUUCUAGAGUUGACACCCGUAGCCGGCCGAGGGGUGGCCGGCUACGCCGCUGGCUGAGUGUAAUAAUAAUGGCUGGCCGGUCAACUCCUGCAGUGUUUGGUUUCCGCCGUUACUCCGUCUGCCACGGCUGGCGGCGCAGAUUAGCAUCGGCGAUUCCUCUGUUAAUUAGCUCGAAAUGCCUGGCGGGAGCGGGCGCAAGACGUCUCGUUACAUCGGCAGCAGGCCCGCGCGGGAGGUGAGGGAAUCGGCAGCGAUUGUGUAUUUGAUCCGAAUCAGCAGCCGAGCACCUGUCCCUCCGUCACUUCUCUCUCAAUACUGGAGAGAAUAUGGUUCAACCUCAUGGAACUUGCCAAGAGAAGAGCUUGUAGAAGUAGAAUCUAUUGCAAAAUUUUAUACAAAACAUUAGCACAAUACUAUUUGUUUUCACUGAGAAAUUUUUUGAAGUUUGAAUUUUAAAUGUUGGGGUCAUUAUUCAAAGACUUUGGAAGUAAACUUGCUAAUCGUGAAGUUUUUGGAAUUUUUCUCAUUUCCUACAGCCGCAGAAGUUGCUUGUUUUGUUGUCUUGCCUAGCCGGCCGGCGUGCGGACGAGCGCGUGCUCGGGGCGGGGUGGUGGCGCCGGGGCGUCGCGCUCGUGCUGGAGGCAGCGAGUGGAACGACGCGCGCACGUACCCAGGAAAUGCAUCGCUAAAGUGCGCUCCUGAACGCCCCGCCCCGCCCCGCCACACCUCCCUUGCAUCAGCCUGAUAAUGACGAUAUCCCAGCAAUACGCGUGUCGGCCCCUCAGCAACACCGCGGAAACUUUCGUUGGUUUCUCCGCCCCUACGACUGUUUUGUAGGAUCCCCGCGUUGAUCCCGCCGAUGAUCCCCGCGGUGUGUGUCCCGGUGGCGGCGGGGGCUCUUGUUGUAGACCGGCUCUGAUCCCCCCCCCCCCCUCCCUGACCCCUCAUUAUCCGCUUGUCACGCCCCUGGCCAGCUAAUUGCAGUUGGCCGGACCACACCGCGAGUCGAAUCGAACACCUUGACCGUCGGGCCCGUCGGGCCUAUAGCGGCCUAGCCCAGCCCAGCCAGCCGCCCCGUCGUUAUCUGCUGGUUUGGCGGGACAUUGGAGGGACCUGCCUGCAGGGACCUACCGGAGGGGUGGUGGGGGGCUACAUGAAGCGACCUAACCUGGAGGGUCCUUACCUAGAAGAAGGUCGAAACCUAGAAGGACCUAACCUAGAGGGCCUUGACAAAGAGUGUGACCCAGAGGGACCUAACCUAGAGGGACUUAACAAAGAGUGACCCAGAUGGACCCAACCUAGAGGGGCCUAACGAAGAGUGACCUGGAGGGACCUACCUGCUGGACGGACUGGAGGGUCCUGCAGGUCGGCUCGUCCCCCGUCCCCCGCACACAAUCAUGUGGUUUGUCCCGGCCGCCGCCGCCGCUGACGACCAUCCUCCAACAAUUUGUCCGACUCGACGACGGCAGCUUUGUUUUGCGUCGGCCCGCGAGGGGGACACCUGCAGCUGCCGCCGCUGCCCCAGCUGCGGCCUGCGGUAGCCUGCGGUAGCGGCGCGCUGUCUCACUCGAGCUGAUCGACGGACGGAUUGCAAUUGCAGUUGGCCGCAUCUGCCCAGCUGGCCCGGCUCGUGCCUGGACUGCGCGGUGGACGCGGAGGGGAGGGGCGGGAGUAAAGUGGAUGGGGUAUACUUUCCAAGGGUCGAGCUGACGCACGCUUUUUACUAACACCAUAGGCCUUGACAGUGAUGUGAUUUUUUUAUCUCAUUGAAAAAAACAAAAAAAAACAUUAAUAUUUGUCAGAAGUAAAAUUGUACUUUUGUAAAUCAAAACCUGUUUCCCCUACAAAUUAGGCGUUGAACGCUUUUUGGUAUAGUCACCCUGCCUGUGACGACCUCCCUGAGGACAGUGUACUGAGCGUGAACGUGUGUGUUGUGUU